AUGAAUAUAUCAUCUAUGCUAUCUAAUGAUAGUAUUAAUAAUAAUAAUGAUGCUAAUAACUUUGAUCAUAUAAGUAAUUAUAAUAAUAAUUAUGUAACGCCAUCAACUAAUAAUAAUGAAAAUAUUAAUGAUAAUACUAAUAAUAAAUCAUCAUUAUCAUCAACACCAUCAAAUAUAUCAUCAUUUAUUAAACCAAACAAUAUAAAAUACGAGUUGCAACAACAACAACAACCAAUUCAAAAUAAUUUUAAAACUAUCAAAAAUAACAAUUCAUUACCUAUACUAUCAAAAUCGAAUUCAAUAAUUGGUGAUAUACUACCAACUUUUGAUUAUGACAAUGACGCGUCUAAUACAAUAGAUUUAAAUUAUCAAUCAAAAUUUGAAUCAAAUAUUAAUAUUAUAAAUGAUUUGGAUAAAUUACAAAAUUUGAAUCAUAAUAUUAAAUUAUUAAAAUUUGAUGAAAUUAAAUUAAAUAAUUAUUUAAUAAAUACUCAUCAAUUUGCUGCAAAUUAUAUUGAUAGAGUUGUUGCAGAAGAUAUUUCUUCAAGAUCAAAUAAAAUUAGUGAUACAAAUAAAAGUAAAGAGUUGGUAUUAAUUGAUCAUUCAAAACCUUUACAUCAUAAUAGUACAAGAGGUAAAGAAUAUAAAUGGGGUUCAACAAGAGAAGUUCAUAAAGUUGAACAUAAAUCAAGAAGAAAAAAACCAUCAACCACUACAAACAAUGAUUUAGAAAAAUCAUCAUCACCAACUACAAAUGGCUCUGGUUCAAGACAUGUACCAAUAAAACCAAAAGGCUCAAGUAAUGUUCCAAUUGAUCUUAAUGUAAGACGAAGUUCAAGACCAAAAGCUAAAAGAAAAACUUAUGAAGAAGGUGAAUUUGAUGAACUUGAUGAAUUUGAUGAAUUUGAUGAAGAUGACGAAGAAGAAGAAGAAGAUACAAAAAAAGAUCAACAAGGUGGUGAUUUAAAGAGACAAAAAUUAGACGAUGGUAAAGCAAAAUCAAUGUCAUCAAAAGAAUAUAAAGCAUUCAUGAGACAAUAUGAUACUACAUAUGUUGCAAUAUGGAAAGAUAUGUCAAGAAAAGAUGGACCAAAAGUUAGUAGAUUGAUUCAACAAUCAACUCAAGCAAAAUUAAUAAAUUUGAAAAAAACAAGUAUAUUAGCAGCACGAGAAGCUAAAAGAUGGCAAUUGAAAAAUACUAAAAAUCAAAAAGAUUUAACAACAAAGGCAAGAAGAGCAAUGAGAGAAAUGUUUAAUUUCUGGAAACGUAAUGAAAGAAUAGAAAGAGAAGCUAAGAAGAAACAUGAAAAAGAUUUAGUUGAUAAAGCUAAAAAGGAAGAAGAAGAAAGAGAAUCAAAACGUCAAUCAAGAAAAUUAAACUUUUUAAUUACUCAAACAGAAUUGUAUUCACAUUUUAUUGGUAAAAAAAUUAAAACUGAUGAAAUUGAAGGUAGUGAUUCAGAUCCAAGAAUUAAAUUGAAUCAUGAUAAAACUCAUUUAGAUAAAUUUGUUGGAGUUGAAGCUGCAAAUAAUGAUAUUUCAACUUUAGAUUUUGAUAAUGAUGAUGAAGAUGCAUUACAUAGAGCUGCUGCUCAAAAUGCUCAAAAUGCUUUAGCUAAUGCCCAAAAUAAAGCAAGACAAUUUGAUGAAACUGAAGCUGAUCCUUUUAAAAAUCCUGAUACAAAUGGUCAAGAAAUGAAUUUCCAAAAUCCUACUUUAAUGGGAGAUAUAAGUAUUGAACAACCAAAAAUGUUGAAAUGUACUUUGAAAGAAUAUCAAAUUAAAGGUUUAAAUUGGUUAGCUAAUCUUUAUGAACAAGGUAUUAAUGGUAUAUUAGCAGAUGAAAUGGGUUUAGGUAAAACAGUUCAAAGUAUUUCAGUUUUAUCAUAUUUAGCAGAAACUCAUAAUAUUUGGGGUCCAUUUUUAGUGGUUACACCAGCAUCAACAUUACAUAAUUGGCAACAAGAAAUUACAAGAUUUGUACCAAAUUUCAAAGUUUUACCUUAUUGGGGUCAUGCAAAAGAUCGUAAAGUAUUACGUAAAUUUUGGGAUAGAAAAUCCUUAAGGUAUGAUAAAAAUGCACCAUUUCAUGUUUUAGUUACUUCUUAUCAAUUAAUUGUUUCAGAUAUUGCAUAUUUCCAAAAGAUGAAAUGGCAAUAUAUGAUCUUGGAUGAAGCUCAAGCUAUUAAAUCUUCACAAUCAUCAAGAUGGAAAUCUCUUUUGUCAUUAAGUUGUCGUAAUAGAUUAUUAUUAACUGGUACUCCUAUUCAAAAUUCAAUGCAAGAAUUAUGGGCAUUAUUACAUUUCAUUAUGCCAACAUUAUUUGAUUCACAUGAUGAAUUUAGUGAUUGGUUUUCAAAAGAUAUUGAAAGUCAUGCUCAAUCAAAUACUGGAUUAGAUGAACAACAAUUACGAAGAUUACAUAUGAUUUUAAAACCUUUUAUGUUGAGAAGAAUUAAAAAGAAUGUACAAAGUGAAUUAGGUGAUAAAGUUGAAAUUGAUGUUUAUUGUGAUUUAACAAAUCGUCAAAAAAAAUAUUAUCAAAUGUUAAAAUCUCAAAUUUCAAUAAUGGAUUUAUUAGAUGUUGCAAAUUCAUCAAAUAAUGAUGAAUCCAGUUCAACUUCCUUAGUUAAUUUAGUUAUGCAAUUUAGAAAAGUUUGUAAUCAUCCAGAUUUAUUUGAAAGAGCUGAUGUUAAAUCUCCAUUUGCAUUUGGGAAAUUUGCAGAAACUGGUUCAUUUUUAAGAGAACAAAAUGAUCUAGAAUACAAUUAUGCUACUGAAAAUUUAAUUGAAUAUGAUUUACCAAAAAUGAUUUAUGAUGAACUUAUGACACCAAAUUAUGAAAAUAGUAAUAAGAAAUCUGUUUUGGAAAAAUUUAGUAUUUAUAAUCCAGAAAAUUUAGAUACUUUAGGGAAAACAGAUGCUUUAACAAUACUCAAAUAUAAGCCGAUCACAAGACAAAAUUUAAUAGAAAGAGCAAUUGAUCAACAAACAACUCCAAUAAAUGAUUCGCUUACAAUUGUACAACCAACCAACUUAUCAAAUGAAGUAUCAAUCAAGGUUUAUGAAGAUAUGUAUUUGAAUAGACAAGAUCCAGCAUAUACACCAAUAGCAUCAGCACCACCAAUCACAAUAAAUUGUUCAUCAAUGAACUUCCAAAACAAUUUAAAACAAGAAUUAUUUAAUACCAAAAUAAGAUCAUCAUUAUUCCCAAUGUCAUUGAAUGAAGAAUAUCGUUAUAUGCAAAAUAAAAUACCAUAUCAAUUAUACCCACCAAAUAAUUUAUUACCAAAAUCAUUAAGUAAAUUUAAUAAUUAUUCUCAAAUUAGAAUGCCUUCAAUGGAUAGAUUUAUAACAGAAUCAGGGAAAUUAGCGAAAUUAGAUGAAUUAUUAAUUAAUUUAAAACAAAACGAUCAUAGAGUUUUGAUCUAUUUCCAAAUGACAAAAAUGAUGGAUCUUAUGGAAGAAUAUCUUACAUAUAAACAACAUAAAUACAUUAGAUUAGAUGGUUCAUCAAAAUUAGAUGAUCGUAGAGAUUUAGUUCAUGAUUGGCAAACAAAACCAGAAAUUUUUAUCUUUUUGUUAAGUACAAGAGCUGGUGGAUUAGGUAUAAAUUUAACAGCAGCAGAUACUGUUAUAUUUUAUGAUUCAGAUUGGAAUCCAACAAUAGAUUCUCAAGCAAUGGAUAGAGCUCAUAGAUUAGGACAAACUCGUCAAGUUACGGUUUAUAGAUUAUUAACAAAAGAUACAAUUGAAGAAAGAAUGAGAGAUCGUGCUAAACAAAAAGAACAAGUUCAACAAGUUGUUAUGGAAGGUAAAACUAUGAUAAAAGAAGAACCUAAAAAUAGUAAAAAAGAUGCUGCAUUUUUAUUAUUGGGUGGUGAUGUUGAAAAUUAA